AUGGAUUAUCAAAAUUUGAAUGAUGAGACGCUGCUUGCGUCUUCUGCAUCUAUUGAAGGAGAUGGGAAAAAAAAGCGCUUUAGUCGCGGAGGAAUGGGUAGUAGUGAUGUACUAGGAGAUGGUCUAAAUGAUUCCGGCGACGAGGCAGUUUUUGUUCGUGAAAGGGGUAGGAUGAGUAGGUUUUCACGGAAAGUGACGCAUACAUUGGUGAAAUAUUCGCGGUUCGUUGGUCCGGGACUAUUGGUAUCGGUCGCGUAUAUGGAUCCUGGGAAUUUCUCUACUGCUGUGGCUGCUGGAUCUGCCCAUAGGUAUAAAUUGCUGUUUUCAGUUUUUGUUUCUAAUAUGCUAGCUGCAUUCUGGCAAUGGCUAUGUAUUAAGUUGGGUGCGGUAACAGGGCUUGACCUUGCGCAGAACUGUAGGAAAUAUUUUUCGCAUAAUGUUAACCUAGUAUUGUAUACCUUGGCCGAGAUGGCGAUAAUUGCGACGGAUCUAGCGGAAGUGGUUGGAAUGGCGAUAUCCUUGAAUAUACUGUUCGGGAUCCCUCUCCCAUUAGGAGUUGUACUUACCGUAGUUGAUGUACUUGUGGUUCUUAUGGCUUACAAGCCAAACGGAUCGCUGCGAGAAUUGAGAUACUUUGAGUUGUUUGUCUCGGUUUUGGUUAUUUUGACGGUUGUCUGCUUUGGAGUUGAGUUAUUCUCAGUAAAAAUAGAUUCAUACGGUGCAAUACUACAAGGUUUUCUCCCCAGUAGAAUAAUUUUCAAAGGUGAUGGCUUAUAUCUAAGUCUGGCAAUUCUCGGCGCUACAGUGAUGCCUCAUUCAUUAUACCUGGGAUCAGGGGUUGUACAACCUCGGAUGCGUGACUACGAUAUUCAAAAUGGACACUACACUCCUAACGACCACGAUGUUGCGAACAACCAUUCAAACUACAAGCCAUCAUUGGAUGCUAUAAACGAUACCAUGCAUUAUUCUGUUGCAGAAUUAUUGGUUUCUCUUUUCACUGUCGCUUUGUUCGUCAAUAUAUCGAUUCUCAUUGUAGCAGGAACCACAUUGUACGGGCAAUCCUUCGACGAAUCAACUGCAGACCUGUUCUCGAUCUAUAACCUUCUGUCUUCUACACUCUCUAAGGCGGCCGGUACUGUUUUUGUUUUAGCGUUGUUAUUUUCUGGACAAUCAGCUGGAAUAGUUUGCACUCUUAGCGGCCAAAUGGUAUCUGAAGGUUUUCUAAAUUGGUCACUUGCUCCAGGUGUCCGCCGCAUAAUGACUCGAGCAGUUGCCAUUACUCCUUGUAUGAUACUUGUACUUGUUGCAGGUAGAACAGGUCUGUCAGCAGCUUUAAAUGCAUCGCAAGUUGUUCUUUCUCUUUUAUUGCCUUUCGUUUCUGCGCCACUGAUUUACUUCACAAGUAAGAAGGAUGUAAUGCGUGUGCCAUUAGGUAAUGACUGCUACCAUGAGUUACCAGACGACCAAAUCCCUCUAAGCAAUUUUAAUCUUGAGGAUGGUACAGAUGCCCCUCAGGUUACUGAAUACAAGGAUAUAAGCAAUAAUACAGUAACGACUAUAUUAGCAUGGUUAUCAUGGUUACUGAUAUCGGGAUUGAACUUUUACUUAUUGGUGUCAUUUGCAUCAGGUAAUGAUGUAUAUUUCUGA